GCACCAUGGCACUGCCCAGCCGGGUUUUGGCCUGUGCCAUCCUCGCUCUGCUGUGCCAGCACGUCAGGGGGGGACUCAUCAAGAGAAUCAUCCGGCACAAGCGGGAGACCGGGCUCAACGUGACCCUGCCAGAGGACAACCAGCCCGUGGUUUUUAACCACGUCUACAACAUCAAGCUGCCCGUGGGCUCCCUCUGCUCCGUGGACCUGGACGCGGCGAGCGGCGACGCGGACCUGAAGGCAGAAAUCGAGCCGGUCAGGAAUUCCGAGGAGCACACGGUGAACGAGGGGAACCAGAUCGUCUUCACGCACCGAAUUAACAUUCCCCGGCGGGCCUGUGGCUGUGCAGCUGCCCCAGACAUUAAGGAUCUGCUGAGCAGACUAGAGGAACUGGAGGGGCUGGUAUCCUCCCUGCGGGAGCAGUGUGCCAGCGGCGCUGGAUGCUGUCCCAAUUCCCAGGCAGCAGAAGGUCGCCUGGACACCACCCCCUACUGCAGCGGGCACGGCAACUGGAGCGUGGAGAUCUGCGGCUGCGUGUGCGAGCCGGGCUGGAAGGGCCCCAACUGCAGCCAGGCCUCGUGUCCCUCCGACUGCAACGACCAGGGCAAGUGCGUGGACGGGCUCUGCGUGUGCUUCGAGGGCUACACGGGCCCGGCCUGCGGCGAGGAGCUCUGCCCCUGGGGGUGCGGCGCCCACGGGCGCUGCGUGGGCGGGCGGUGCCUGUGCCACGAGGGGUUCACCGGCGAGGACUGCAGCGAGCCCCUGUGCCCCCACAACUGCCACGGCCGCGGGCGCUGCGUGGACAGCGAGUGCGUGUGCGAGGAGGGCUACACCGGGGAGGACUGCGGGGAGCUCAUCUGCCCCAACGACUGCUUCGACCGCGGGCGCUGCCUCAACGGGACGUGCCUGUGCGAGGAGGGCUUCACCGGGGACGACUGCGGGGAGCUCGCCUGCCCCAGCGACUGCCACGGCCACGGGCGCUGCGAGAACGGGCUGUGCGUGUGCCACGAGGGCUUCGUGGGCGACGACUGCGGCGAGAAGAGGUGCCCCAACGACUGCCACCACCGCGGGCGCUGCGUGGGCGGGCAGUGCCAGUGCCACGAGGGCUACCUGGGCGAGGACUGCGCCGAGCUGCGCUGCCCCAGCGACUGCCAGGGCCGCGGGCGCUGCGUGGACGGGCAGUGCGUGUGCGACGAGGGCUUCGUCGGGGAGGACUGCGGGGAGCUGCGGUGCCCCCAGGACUGCAGCAAUCGUGGCCUGUGCGUGGACGGGCAGUGCCAGUGCCACGAGGGCUUCACCGGGGAUGACUGCGGGCAGCUGCGGUGCCCCAACAACUGCCAGGGCCGCGGGCUGUGCGUGAACGGGCAGUGCGUGUGCGACGAGGGCUUCACCGGCGAGGACUGCGGGGAGCUGCGGUGCCCCCAGGACUGCCACCACCGUGGGCGCUGCGUGGAGGGGCGCUGUGAGUGUGACAACGGCUUCACUGGGGAGGACUGCGGCGAGCUGGCCUGUCCCAACGACUGCCACCAGCGCGGGCUCUGCGUGGACGGGCGCUGUGUGUGCCAGGAGGGCUUCGUGGGCGAGGACUGCCGGGAACGGGCCUGUCCCAGCGACUGCAGCAACGCCGGGCGCUGCGUGGACGGGCGGUGUGUCUGCGAGGACGGGUACAUGGGCGAGGACUGCUCCGAUGUGUCUCCUCCAACCGAGCUGAUGGUGACCAACGUGACGGAUAAAACUGUCAACCUGGAAUGGAAACAUGAGAAUCCUGUCAAUGAGUACCUGGUCACCUACAUCCCCACCAGCACUGGGGGCUUGGACAUGCAGUUCACUGUGCCAGGAAACCAGACAGCUGCCACCAUCCAUGAGCUGGAGCCGGGUGUGGAAUAUUUUAUCCGUGUCUUUGCCAUCCUUAAAAACAAGAAGAGUAUCCCAGUCAGUGCCAGGGUAGCCACAUAUCUCCCUGCUCCAGAAGGUUUGAGGUUCAAAUCUGUUCGAGAAACAUCCGUCCAGGUGGAGUGGGACCCUCUGAACUUUUCCUUUGAUGGCUGGGAGCUGGUCUUCCACAACAUGAAAAAGGAUGAUAAUGGAGAUAUAACCAGCAGCUUGAAAAGGCCAGAGACAUCUUACAUGCAGCCAGGUUUGGCACCUGGGCAACAGUACAAUGUGUCCAUUCAUGUAGUGAAAAACAACACCAGAGGACCUGGACUGUCCAAAGUGAUAACAACAAAGCUUGAUGCCCCCAGCCAGGUCGAGGCAAAAGACGUCACAGACACCACAGCCCUCAUCACAUGGUCCAAACCCUUGGCUGAAGUUGAAGACAUAGAGCUCACCUAUGGCCCCAAGGACAUCCCAGGGGACAGGACAACCAUUGAGCUCUCUGAAGAUGAAAACCAAUAUUCCAUCGGAAACCUGAGGCCGCACACAGAGUAUGAAGUGACACUUGUCUCUCGUCGAGGGGACAUGGAAAGUGACCCUGUGAAAGAAGUGUUUGUCACAGACUUGGAUGCUCCCAGAAACCUGAAGCCAGUGUCCCAGACAGACAACAGCAUCACCCUGGAGUGGAGGAACAGCCACGCCAACGUUGACAACUACAGAAUCAAGUUUGCCCCCAUCUCUGGUGGAGACCACGUGGAGAUCACGGUGCCAAAGGGCAACCAAGCCACAACCAGAGCUACACUCACAGGUUUGAGGCCUGGAACUGAAUAUGGCAUUGGAGUGACAGCAGUGAGGAACGACAGGGAAAGUGCCCCCGCUACCGUCAAUGCUGGCACUGAUCUUGAUAACCCCAAGGACUUGGAAGUCAGUGACCCCACUGAAACCACCUUGGCCCUUCGCUGGAGGAGACCGGUGGCCAAGUUCGACCGCUACCGCCUCGCUUACACGAGUCCCUCUGGCAAGAGGAGCGAAGUGGAGAUCCCAGUGGACAGCACCUCCUUCAUCCUCAGAGGGCUGGAUGCAGGCACAGAGUACACCAUCAGCCUGGUGGCAGAGAAGGGCAGGCACAAAAGCAAACCCACGACUGUCAAGGGUUCCACUGAGGAGGAACCCGAGCUUGGAAAGCUGUCAGUCUCCAAGGCUGGCUGGGAUGGUUUCCAGCUCACCUGGACAGCAGACGACGGGGCCUAUGAGAGCUUUGUCAUUCAGGUGCAGGAGGCUGGGAACCCCGAGGAGAGCUGGAAUGUCACAGUCCCGGGGGGACUGCGCUCUGGGAAUGUCACAGGCCUCAGGGCCAACACCCCCUAUAACAUCACACUCCAUGGGGUGAUCAGAGGCCGCAGGACCACCCCUCUUUCUGUUGAGACCACCACAGGAGAGCACCCCGAAGUUGGUGAGCUCAUGGUUUCCGACAUUACUCCCGAAAGCUUCAACCUUUCCUGGACAACCAACGGGGCCUUCGACGCCUUUACUAUUGAAAUUAUUGAUUCUAACAGGUUGCUGGAGCCCAUGGAGUUCAACCUCUCAGGCAAUUCAAGGACUGCUCAUAUCUCAGGGCUUUCUCCCAGCACUGAUUUCAUUGUCUACCUCUCUGGGAUCUCUCGUGGUUUCCGCACACAGGCAAUAAGUGCUGCAGCUACAACAGAAGCAGAACCCGAGGUCGACAACCUGCUGGUUUCAGAUGCCACCCCGGAUGGAUUCCGCCUCUCCUGGACUGCAGAUGAUGGGGUUUUCAACAGUUUUGUUCUAAAAAUCAGGGAUACCAAGAGGAAAUCCGACCCACUGGAGCUGAUAAUCCCAGGCCACGAGCGCACCCAGGACAUAACAGGGCUCAAAGAGGGUACUGAGUACGAGAUUGAGCUCUAUGGACUUAGCAGUGGACAACGUUCCCAGCCUGUAAAUGCAGUAGCAACCACAGUCGUGGGGUCUCCCAAGGGAAUUUCUUUCUCGGACAUCACGGAAAACGCUGCCACAGUGAGCUGGACCCCCCCCCGCUCCCGUGUGGACACCUUCAGGAUCUCCUACGUCCCCGUCACGGGAGGAACUCCAAAUGUUGUUACAGUCGAUGGAAGCAAGACAAGGACCAAGCUGGUGAAGUUGGUGCCGGGUGUGGAUUACAAUGUCAGCAUCAUCUCUGUGAAAGGCUUUGAGGAGAGUGAACCCAUCUCUGGCAUCCUGAAAACAGCUCUGGACAGCCCCUCAGGCCUGGUGGUGGUGAACAUCACCGACUCUGAGGCUCUGGCAACCUGGCAGCCAGCAAUUGCUGCUGUGGAUAAUUAUGUGGUGUCCUAUGCUUCUGAGGAAGAGCCAGAAGUCACCCAGAUGGUGUCAGGGAACACUGUGGAGUAUGACCUGAAGGGCCUGCAGCCUGCCACCGAGUACACGCUGAGCGUCCACGCGCUGAAGGACGCGCAGAGGAGCGAGACCCUCUCCACACAGUUCACCACGGGUCUGGAUGCUCCAAGAGAUUUAAGUGCCACUGAGGUUCAGUCAGAAACAGCUCUGAUGUCUUGGAGGCCUCCCCGUGCUCCAGUCACUGGGUAUCUCCUGAUUUACGAGUCCAUUGAUGGCAGAGUCAAGGAAGUCAUCCUAAAUCCUGAGACAACUUCCUACAGCCUGGCAGAGCUGAGCCCAUCCACCCAGUACACAGUGAAGCUCCAGGCCUUAAGUGGAUCCCUGAGGAGCAAAACAAUCCAGACUGUUUUCACCACAACUGGGCUGCUCUACCCUUACCCCAAGGACUGCUCCCAGGCCCUCCUGAAUGGAGAAGCCACCUCUGGGCUCUACACAAUUUACGUGAACGGGGACAAGGCUCAGCCUCUGCAGGUCUUCUGUGACAUGGGCGAGGACGGGGGCGGAUGGAUCGUGUUCCUGAGGCGUCAGAAUGGGAAGGAAGAUUUCUACAAGAACUGGAAGACUUAUGUGGCAGGUUUUGGAGAUCCCAAGGAUGAAUUCUGGAUAGGCCUGGAGAACCUGCACAAAAUCACUUCUCAGGGGCAGUACGAGCUGCGUGUGGACCUGAGGGACAAGGGGGACACAGCCUAUGCUGUCUAUGACAGGUUCAGUGUGGGGGAUGCCAAGAGCAGGUACCGCCUCAGGGUGGAUGGGUACAGUGGCACAGCAGGUGACUCCAUGACCUACCACAAUGGAAGGUCCUUCUCCACCUUUGACAAGGACCAUGAUUCUGCCAUCACCAACUGUGCUUUGUCAUACAAAGGUGCUUUCUGGUACAAGAACUGCCACCGGGUCAAUCUGAUGGGCAGAUAUGGGGACAACAGCCACAGUCAGGGCGUGAACUGGUUCCACUGGAAGGGCCACGAGUAUUCCAUCGAGUUUGCAGAGAUGAAGCUGAGACCCUCCAGCUUCCGGAACCUGGAAGGCCGACGGAAGCGAGCGUAGAGCCCCGGGGAGGGCAGGGGGAGGGGGGGACGGACGGACGGACGGACAGGGGGGUGUGGGGACAUCCUCUGGCACGGCUGGGGUGGCUCCGAGCAGCUGGCAGCCGUCCCCAAGCACGGGUGACCCGCGGCCCCGCGGAGGCUUCGUUCCCGAUGACAGGCCUUAAAUCUCCCGGCUCCAGUAUUCCAGCUGCCCGCCGGCGACGUCCUCCACACCAAAGACAACCAUCUCAAGGGUUGGAUGUUGGGGUCAGUCAUUUUUUAUUUUUUUUUUAUUUUUUUUUUAACCCCCCCCCAGAAAGGCUCUGGGAUCAAAAGUUCUUCCACGUUCUCUGAGUGUCUCUCGGGUGGCCCAGGGGAGGGGAGGGAGAACAGCUUUGUACGUUGGGAGUUUGUUUUAGAACCAGCCGUAUUUUACACAUGGAAAGGUGUAAGGUUUAUUAUUAUUAUUAUUAUUAUUAUUAUUAUUAUUAUUAGUUAUAAUGGAAAUUCGUCAGUUGUUUGAAAGCCUUUUUUUAUAUAUAUAUAUCAAGUACCACAGAGAAGGAGGGGAUGGGAAGGGGAAAACAGUAUGAUUUUAAACUAAAGCAUAAGAUUAAUAUUAUUAAUAUAAAGACAAAGUAAUAAUAAUAAUAAUGAUGAUAAUGAUAAUAAUAAUAAGCUACAUUUUUGUCAUUUUGAAGAGAACCAUGCUUUGGGAAACACAGCAGGACAGUGUCUGAUUGUAAAUUUUUUUUUAUAAAUAAAAGCACAAUUACUUUUAAAUAAAUUUCUACCUUUUUUUUUUUCAUACAUGUCGAGUUUGUGCAUGUCCAGGAUAUAUUUAGAUGGGGACAUAAAAGACAGGCUGAGAAUGAUAAGGCUGCUGAGCCCCUGCUGAAAACUGUUCUUUAGUCAGUGACUGGUUGUAAGUAUUUUGGUGGGUUUGUUACAGUGAAAUGCCCGUUGCUUUCCAAACAUCAUCCUUAUUUUUCCUGCCCAAAAGCUUCUUACCUGUUUUCCUAAGUGUUACUGACCAAUGUUUGCUCCAUCCAGGUGGGAAUAACUAACAAAUACAAGGAAAAUACAGAGUUGUUGUUAGGAACCAUUGGCAGCUUUGAACACUUUGUGUAAAUAAAGGGCUCUCUUUUUUUUUUUAUAUGAUGAAAAUAAGUGUAGUUCCUCUGUAUCACCCUCUUCAGUUGAAGACAAUAAAAGAUCUUUUGUUUUAAUCCAGU